AUGCACGAAUUUAAAAACAACUCUUCGGGAGUGGCUUCUGCUCUACAAUAUAAUAGUAACACAACUUCUUCAAAUAAUAAUCAUUUGUCUCGGAAUUCUUCAGUUUCAACGUCCAAGUCAGCUCCAACAAAAACAACAAGUAAAAGAAUUGGCUCUACCUAUGAGAAAACAUUUUCUGCUCCAAAGAAAACGGAAAAAGUUGUCAAAGAUCCGAUUCGAACAAUCACGGGGCGAAAGGAUGUUCUUGCAAAAGAAGGGAUCAUGCCCACAAAGCAUCCUGAAAAGUCAAACGCAGUUAGAGGAACCAUAGCCAAAAAGCUUGGUGUUCAAUCAUCGACCAAGGACAUGUCUGCCAAUCCUAAAAUCUCAAAACAAGUCACUGGUGCUUUUGGUAGAGACCAGUGGGACAUUGAGUUUGAGGAGGAAAAGCUUGAAAACAUUUUACCACAGAGAGUACAAGUACCGAAGUCUGCAGAUGUGGACAACAACACAUUUAAUUGGACAGAAAGACUAGGACGAGGAAAAUGUACUUCAAUUUGUGAUCUUAAUGGAAAACCCACGAUUAAUAUUGAAUCAAGUGCUCUACAUUGGUAUAUAUUAACAUAUGAAGAAAAAUCUUUUUUGGACUUGGAAAGUGAAGAUUUUGAUAUCCACACGUGCCUAAAAAUUCAAAAACCUUAUGAAAAUUCUCUAUUUGCCAUUGUUAUUGACUACGGAAUAAGCAAACGAUUUAAAGACGAGUACAUAGCAGUCAUCAUGAAUUGUGGACAAAAGUAUUGGAAAAUCGAAAAAGUUGAAAGCAAGAAAACUACCCCUGUACAGCAAGCGAUUGAUAAGACACUAACACCUUUAAAAUUGAUGGAUAUUCGAAUUUCCUUGACAGACCGUAAACUGUCCUUGCAAAGCAAUGGUUCUGAAAUUUUCAAUGAUGUCAUUUUACCUCUUUCAACGGAAGGAAGUAAGGAACGAAGAGUUGGUAUGGGUGUCUUCUCGUCGAAAGCAACCGUUUAUUCGUGGAAAGUGUUUGACCCCAAAGAAGAACAAAAAUCGAUUGAUGAGUUACCAUUAAUGGAACGACCAUUCCCUGAAUAUGUCGAUAAAUCUCUUGCAGAAAUGAUAAAAAGAGAUAUUAUAGAGUUCAACCCAAACGUUAAGUGGGACGACAUUGCUGAACUACAUGACGCCAAGCGUUUAUUGAAAGAAGCAGUUGUUCUUCCUCUGUUGAUGCCUGAUAUUUUUGCAGGAUUAAGGUCUCCAUGGAAAGGAGUGUUGUUAUUUGGCCCACCCGGCACAGGAAAGACGAUGGUGGCCCGAGCUGUGGCCACGGAAGGAAAAACAACAUUUUUCAACUGUAGUGCAUCAACACUUGUUUCUAAAUAUCAUGGAGAAUCAGAAAGAUUGGUCAAGACACUCUUUCAACUUGCACGAUUAUACAGUCCUAGCACAGUUUUUUUUGAUGAAAUUGAUGCUUUAAUGAUGACAAGAGGCAGUGCUUCUGAGCAUGAAGCGUCUCGAAGAUUAAAGAGUGAGCUACUUUCUCAGAUCGAUGGAAUUAACAGCCAAAACAGCAGAGUAAUGGUGCUUGCCACGACAAAUAAACCGUGGGACCUGGAUGAAGCUAUGAGAAGGCGUCUUGAAAAAAGAAUUUAUAUACCUCUUCCAGAUGAGAAAACACGCGAGGCCUUGUUUAAAAAUUUCCUUAAGGAACAAGAACUCGAGCCAGAUGUUUCAAUUGAGGCUCUGGCAUCCAUGACAGAAGGAUACAGCGGAGCGGAUAUUCAUCUGAUAUGUAAAGAAGCAGCAUUACGUCCACUACGAAAGGAACUUGAAACCAAGUCCACAGAGGAAAUCAUGAAGCUAAAAGAAGAAGGGAAAUUAAGGUUGAGUUUGAAAAUGGAGGAUUUCUCAGAAUCAAUCAAAAACAUGAAACCAAGCGUUUCAGGAAAUGAGGUGGACAAGUAUCUAAAAUUUGUGAAAGAAUUUCAAAGUGUGUAA